AUGAACAAAGUAGAGGCAGUAAUAAGAAUACGGCCAUUAUCCACUCAGGAGAAGGACAGGGGAACAAAACAAGGCUGGUGCAGAAUAGGGGACAGAGGCAUAAUACAACACUUGAAUGCCCAGGGUCAAGAGGUUUCAGCACAGACAUUACUGUUUGAUUGGGUCUUUGGUGAAGACUCCAAGAAUGAAGACGUAUUCACCCAUAUAAAUAGUACAGUAGAUGAGUCACUGUAUGGUGUGAAUGUAUGUAUAAUUGCAUAUGGACAGACAUCCUCUGGUAAGACACACACUAUGAAGGGUGUUCUACCAGGUGGCUACUACACGGAAAUGAGUGAGAACAGAAAUGAAAAUGUACAUAAGUCAUUGAAUAUAGAAAGAAAUGGGACAGGAUGCGGUAAUGACCCGGGUGUAAUACCCAGGUCACUCGAUUGGAUAUUCAGUAAAAAGACACAGCACAGGAUAAGUCUGUCUUACGUUGAAGUUUAUAAUGAGAAUAUUUAUGACUUACUGGGUGAUCCAUCAGAGGCACUACAGAUACGUGAGUCUGCAGAUGGAGAUGUCUAUAUUAAAGAUGUCUCUGAGAUAGAAGUAAUGACAAAAUAUGAUGCAGCCUUAUUAUUCCGUAAGGGAAAUGCAAUUAGAAAGGUCUCUGCCACAAGGAUGAACAGAGAGAGUAGUAGGAGUCAUGCAGUCCUUAAGCUAACAAUAAGACAGAAAGGGAUAAGGUCUACUUUGGUUUUUGUGGAUCUGGCUGGAUCUGAAAGAGUCAGUACAGCGCACACCUCAGGGACAACACUGAAGGAAGGUGCCUGCAUAAAUAAGAGUCUUCUGGCAUUGACAAGCGUAAUCUCAAAGUUAUCCAAGAAGAACCCACAUAUUCCUUACAGAGAUGCAAAACUAACAAGAAUUUUACAACCGUCAUUUUCAGGUGCAUCAAAAACUGUUUUGAUUUGUGCAAUUUCACCAACACCUGCCUGCAUAGAUGAGACUAUUUCAACACUCUCAUUAGCAAGUAGAGCCAGAAAUAUAGAGAUUAAGCCAACACAGAAACCACAGGUCAGAAAAGAACCUAAAAUAAACCACAUGAGAAUGCAAGAAAUUCAAGCUACAGUUGAAUUAGCUAAAAGAACUAUCACAGAUAUCAGGAAAGACCUUAAAUCUGCUGAGUCAAUUAUCUCAUCAAUACCCUGGAUUAAGAAUUCCUCCUUAAAUGACCAUAUAUUUGCUGCAAGUAUGCUUACUAGUAUACUAGCAGAGAUAAAAGACACAAAAAGAGAACAUACAGAUAAAGUAGCCCAAUUAGCAGCAUCUGUACAGUACUUACUAAAGCAAGAGAAGUACAUCUCACAGUUAAUUGCACCAGCCCCAGAUGCAGCAAUCCUUCUUGAGCACCUGGCAGAAGGAGAUGCACUAAUUCAAAGACAAAAAGAAGAAAUAGAACAGCUUAAGAAGAGUAAACACAUUGAUGAGACAAAUAUCUCAAUGGCAAUGGAAAUGGACAGGCUUAAAAAGGCAACAGACCGAGAGAAAAGAAUUCUUCAACUGAAAAUAGCCCAAUUAAAGUCACAAAUCAAGACACAAGGAUCACCAGACACCACAGAAUAA